AGUCGGCUGCCACACCACACACAUGAGCAUGAGCUCCAAAACCAUGUCCGCCUUCGCCCGCCGGUUUUUUUCCCCCGUCCGCCGCCGAUCGUUUGGGUCCCCUGCUGACGCCUAUAAAAUCCUCGGCCGGCCUCCCCCCUGCGUUCGGCAACACACACAUCCAUCGUCCUCGUCCUCGUCCUCACAAACUCCUUGUGCUUUCAGCGUGCGUGCCACUCACUGCUAAAAGAGCUGCUUCUUCUCACUAGCCAUCCAGCCUUUGUUUCCUACAAUCCUACUGUAACUUUCAAGUCUGCAACCGCAAAGAGCCGAGAGAUGUCGACGGUGAGCCGUGCAUCCCUUGAACAGAAGCUUGCCCUCGCCAAGCGCUGCUCGCGAGAGGCGACCCUUGCCGGAGCCAAGGCGGCAGCUGUGGCAACGAUCGCCUCCGCGAUUCCCACCCUGGCGAGCGUGAGGAUGCUGCCAUGGGCGAAGGCCAACAUCAACCCCACCGGACAGGCACUCAUCAUCUCCACGGUUGCUGGGAUGGCCUACUUCAUCGCCGCCGACAAGAAGAUCCUGUCGCUGGCGAGGCGGCACUCGUUCGAGAACGCACCGGAGCACCUCAAGAACACCUCCUUCCAGGGCACCGGCAGGCCACACCCGGCCUUCUUCAGGCCAUGAGAAUGAGAGGAAACAUGUGUCGAGUUACACUCGUCAGUACAAGCACCGGAGAUGAUGCUGUCGAUGUCUGAAUAAACUGCGAGGCGGACGUACGGUCUCGUAGCGCGCGCACUAAUCAUCGAUGUACUAGUAAUAGUAUUCUAGUAGUACGUAUAUACUAGUAUAUAUGCGCUGUAAUUACUUUGUGGUACUCAAUUUCAGAAUGAAUGCAAAUUUAAUUUAUCUUCCAAA